AUGUCAAAAGACGCAGCAGGGACUGCAUCUUCUGAACAAUUACAUCAAUCAACUCUACAAGCAACCAAGUUCCCCAACUCAAAGACCUACCUCUUACAACCAAACCAAACCACCUUCACAUACACAUCAUGUCUGCUCCCAACGCCGGCCGCCAGUCCCCCGAGCCCGAGAGGCAGUCCGACGCCCAAGCUGGCCAGACCACGGGCAAUGUCAACGACCAGGGCGGCGCACCUGCCAAGGGCGCGGAGAAGUCGAGCGAUGACACAAAGAGCGGACUGAGCAGCAACCCUACCCACCCGCUGGCUAAGCAUGCGGAGGAGACUACGAGCAAGAAAUAGAGGCAAGAACGGGUCAAACGUGACUGAAGCAUGGCUGAGGGCAUGUAGAUGACAGGGGAAGGGAAGCAGACAUAUUAUACCAGUCUGCAAUGAAAUGAAAUGAGUAUGAAU